UCCUUUUACGCGCGGGACAAACCUCAGACUGAACCCGGGGAAGAGCCACGCGUGGAUCCGCCGCUGUUUGGCAACUUUACACGAACCAACGACCGCGCUUUUGUCCGUGGACCGUGUCUUUUUUUGGCUGGACUCUGAGCUGCGCGAGCCGGAGCAGCCCCGGGACGUGUUUUUGUGAUUAACUGGAGCUUUAUGCUGUGACCGAGCCGCCGUGGAGCCGCCGUGGAGCCGCUGUGGAGCCGCUGUGGAGCCGCUGUGGAGCCGCCAAGGAGCCGCUGUGGAUCCGUUCUGCUUUCCCCGCGGCGCUGGUGUAAAGGACACGAGUGACUGUCCACGCAAAGACAAACCAGACACAGGAUUACGCGCUGUUUGACCGGUCCAGGCUAAAGAAAUGCUAACGCCACAGAGCAGGGUCAGCGCGUAACGGCCCCACGGUCCUACAGCCCCACGGUCCCGCAGCCCCACGGUCCCACGGUCCUGUCUCUGUCUCAUUUCACGCGGCGUGUCCAGACUCCGCGCGUGUUUCUUUGCUUUUUUCUCUCGGGGCUGAAGUUUGUGUCUCUUCCCGGUGUUUCUCCAAAAGGGCUAAAGGUCAAAGGAGCAGCGCGCGGCCGCCCCUCCUCCUCCUCCUCCUCAGAGGGAGUUUUGUGAUGAAGAUGUGAACUCUUCCUCCUCUUCCUCCUCUUCCGCUCUCUCCUCGCCGCGCGCUCCGCUUUCAUCUUUUUCACACUUUCUUUUUUUUUUUUUUUUGGUCCCAGGACUUCAAACGCUCCUCUCAUCUCGCCUCCUCUCCCUGCGCCUCCUCUCCUCCUCUGACACCUCUUCUCCUCCUCUCACACCUCCUCUGGUUCCUCCUUUCCUCUUGCACCUCCUCCUCUCCUCCUUUUGCGCCUCCUCUCCUCACAUCUCCUCUCCAGUCCUCUUGCACCUCCUCUUGUACCUCCUCCUCUCCUCCUCUCUCCUCCUUUUGCGCCUCCUCCUCGGGGAUGUACGGGGAGAGCGUGGAUGUGGUGGGUUUGAGUCCCACCCCGAGCAGCCCGAGUCCCGGCUCCUUCUUGAGCGUGGACUAUUACCACCGCCCCCCGGGUCUGGGGCCGGGGCUGGGGUCGGGGCUGGGGCCGGAGAAGGGCCUCCUGUCCGGGGUCGGAGGUCUUCAGAGGCCGUUCGGGGGGUCUCUGGUCAGCGGUCGACACUGGAGCGGAUCCAGCCACUCCAUAGAGACCGAGAGCACGAGUUCAGGGGAAGACCUCCUAGUGCCCAGCCCCCCGUCCCCUCCCCCGCCGCCCCGGGUCUACAAACCCUGUUUCGUGUGUCAGGACAAAUCGUCUGGAUAUCACUACGGCGUGAGCGCGUGUGAAGGAUGCAAGGGUUUUUUUCGGAGGAGUAUCCAGAAGAACAUGGUGUACACGUGUCACCGGGACAAAGUGUGUGUCAUUAAUAAAGUGACGAGGAACCGCUGUCAGUCCUGUCGGCUUCAGAAAUGCCUGGACGUGGGGAUGUCCAAAGAGCUGGUGAGAAACGACAGAACAAAGAAGAAGAAGGAGGAGAAGAAGCAGUCUGAAGCUGAGGUGUACGUUCUGUCCGCAGACACAGAGGAGAUGAUCGAGAGAGUUCGCCGAGCGCAUCAGGACACUUUUCCAUCGUUGUGUCAGCUUGGAAAAUACACAACGAAUAACAGCUCGGAGCAUCGUGUGGCUCUGGACGUCAACCUGUGGGACAAAUUCAGCGAGUUGUCCACAAAAUGCAUCAUAAAAACAGUAGAGUUUGCAAAGCAGCUCCCAGGAUUCACCACACUGUCCAUCGCCGACCAGAUCACACUGCUCAAAGCCGCCUGCCUCGACAUACUGAUUCUGAGGAUCUGCACUCGUUACACUCCAGACCAGGACACCAUGACGUUCUCGGACGGUCUGACGUUAAACCGCACGCAGAUGCACAACGCCGGCUUCGGUCCGCUCACAGACCUGGUGUUCGCCUUCGCCAGUCAGCUCCUGCCUCUGGAGAUGGACGACGCAGAGACGGGUCUGCUCAGCGCCAUCUGUCUGCUGUGUGGAGAUCGACAGGACCUGGAGGAGGCGGAGAAGGUGGAUGUUCUUCAGGAGCCGUUGUUAGAGGCCUUAAAGAUUUACGUGAGGCGAAGGAGGCCUGAAAAACCCUGUAUGUUUCCCAAGAUUCUCAUGAAGAUCACAGACCUCAGGAGCAUCAGUGUGAAAGGAGCUGAGCGUGUGAUCACUCUGAAGAUGGAGAUCCCGGGCUCCAUGCCUCCGCUCAUCCAAGAAAUGCUGGAGAACUCAGAGGGCGACGGGCAGAAGGGGCACAGCUCAGGAGGGAAGAGCAGAGCGUCCAGAGGAGACAAAAACACCCUCAGCACAGCCAGCACCUCACCCUCGUCCUCCUCCACCAGCCCCUGCUCUUCACCGGGAUCACCCUCAGCUUCACCCUCAGCUUCACCCUCAGCUUCACCCUCGGCUUCACCCUCCACAUGAAGACCAGCACAUGAAGACCAGCCACCACCACCGCACGGGCCCGGUACCGACGCCACCGCACCGGCCCGGUACCGACGUUUCCACAAAACCACACCUGACCUCAGACCACGCCUCCACUGCUGCAGAAAGAACAACAGAGAGCAGAAGAUCGCUGUCACUGCCGGACAACAGAACUUUAAAAAAAAAAGACUAAAUAUA